AUUCUGUGAUUACAAUAUUAUGUUUAUCUUCUGUAUUAUCACUUAUCAGCUGAAUCAUAAAAUAACAAAAAUGUCUUCUUCGAUUAACUUGGAACACAAUCUGGAAAGUUUAGAGAAUCUUCCUGUUGAGUUGCAACGAAACUUCACUCUAAUGCGAGAUCUUGACUCCAGAGUUCAAGAACUGAUGCGUAACAUUGACAAACUGACAGCCGAUUAUAUGUCAAAUGUCAAGCGAUACACAGAAGAUAAAAAACGCGAAAUGUUGACCAACAUACAACGUCAGUUUGACAAAGCGAAAGGAUAUAGUGAUGAUAAAGUUCAAUUGUCUAUACAAACUUAUGAAUUGGUAGAUAAACAUGUUAGAAAAUUUGAUUCAGAUUUAGCACGCUUUGGAGCUGAAAUUCAAGACAAAGCCAUUAGUGCCAUAAGAAAUAUGGAGGAAAAUUCACAAAAACGAGGAUGUAAUAAGAUUAAAGACAAAGAAAUUAACAAGAAGAGUGCAUCGAGUGAAGAAGAAACAGCUCCAAACAAAACAUCUAAAAAGAAACAACUGAUAAAAGGAGUUACAAAAACAACAAGUGCAGCACCUUGUAAAACACCUUUAAUUAAUGUUGUCACUAAUCCAAAAAACCCUACAAACCGUGUUACAAGCGUUACAGCAGAAGCUAAUUCCACUACUGGUGCCGGAAUCGCACACUCGACUGAAGUAUUUGAUAUGCCUGUUGAUCCAAAUGAACCAACAUAUUGUUUAUGCAAUCAAGUAUCUUAUGGUGAAAUGAUUGGCUGUGAUAAUCCAGAUUGUCCUAUUGAAUGGUUCCACUUUGCAUGCGUCAAAUUAACUACCAAGCCUAAAGGAAAAUGGUUCUGUCUUAAAUCGAAAGAUCAAAUGAUUAAAAUAACAAAAAUGUCUUCUGCACUUAAGUUGGAGAACUUUCUGGACAGUUUAGAGAACCUUCCUGUUGAGUUGCAACGAAACUUCACUCUGAUGCGAGAUCUUGACUCCAGAGUUCAAGAACUGAUGCGUAACAUUGACAAACUGACAGCCGAUUAUAUGUCAAAUGUCAAGCGAUACACAGAAGAUAAAAAACGCGAAAUGUUGACCAACAUACAACGUCAGUUUGACAAAGCGAAAGGAUAUAGUGAUGAUAAAGUUCAAUUGUCUAUACAAACUUAUGAAUUGGUAGAUAAACAUGUUAGAAAAUUUGAUUCAGAUUUAGCAUGCUUUGGAGCUGAAAUUCAAGACAAAGCCAUUAGUGCUAUAAGAAAUAUGGAGGAAAAUUCACAAAAACGAGGAUGUAAAAAUAUUAAAGACAAAGAAAUUAACAAGAAGAGUGCAUCGAGUGAAGAAGAAACAGCUCCAAACAAAACAUCUAAAAAGAAACAACUGAUAAAAGGAGUUACAAAAACAACAAGUGCAGCACCUUGUAAAACACCUUUAAUUAAUGUUGUCACUAAUCCAAAAAAUCCUACAAACCGUGUUACAAGCGUUACAGCAGAAGCUAAUUCCACUACUGGUGCCGGAAUCGCACACUCGACUGAAGUAUUUGAUAUGCCUGUUGAUCCAAAUGAACCAACAUAUUGUUUAUGCAAUCAAGUAUCUUAUGGUGAAAUGAUUGGUUGUGAUAAUCCAGAUUGUCCUAUUGAAUGGUUCCACUUUGCAUGCGUCAAAUUAACUACCAAGCCUAAAGGAAAAUGGUUCUGUCUUAAAUGUACAACAGACAGGAAGAAAAAAUAACACAUAUUAAAAAUGAAAUAAAUUUUUUAUUUUAUAUAUACAUACAUACAGUGUAUAAUGUUAUGUUAAUUUUCUUACAGCGAAAGAUCAAAUGAUUGUAAUUUGUAAUAUUGUCAUGAAUUGAAAACACAAUAAGAAUAAAAUUUAAUUUCAUUAUAAAAUUUGUAUUGCUAAUUUAAAUAUAUAUAUUUCUUAUUCAAAACUGAAAACAAACUCCAAUUUUCAAAUUUAUUAAAUUAUAAUAAUUAUACCAGAUUUUUUAUGUUGAAAAUUGUAUUUAUGGAAUUAAAGACAAAUUUCUGACACAACAUUUAGAUAGCAUGACUGAGUCCAUUUAUACUUUCUAUCACAUAGUUUUCCAGUCUGAAUAAUG